AUGGGGGGAAGUUGGAUCCCCACUUCANGGUCGUGGACAAGCGUGUCAACGACAGAACCUUCAUCUAUCUCCAGGAGCAAGCUAUCGCCCACGGCUUCACUCCUUGAAACUUGGCGUCAGCUGGCAUUACACGAGGACACCAUGUCCAGCGACAAUGUGGAACUCCUGGGCGACACUGUGGAAAUCCUGGAUUACGAACCCGAGGGCGAGGUUCCCACCGCAGAGCAGUUUCCAGCGGCCGGUGCAGGAGACGAGAGCCCCCCCAUACCCAUUGUGUUCACCGUCGAUGAUUUGCUGGACAACAUCGCCACAGCAGAUCCGGCGGAACUGGGGCGGGCCUACAACACCGGACGUGACUCUCUGGAGGAUAUCGUAGAAGCGGCCCAUGUGUCGUCCGAUUCCCCCCUUUUCGUUCCUCCUUUCUCCCUCGCGCCGGAAGAAAAAUUGCUCCUCUUGCCCCACGACGAAUUUAUGGCGUACCAAAGGUUGAACGAGAUGUGGUGCGACGGUCUUGCCGGGAAGAUAGCAGAGGUGGAGGCGCAAGAGCAGGCGAAGCGCGAGGACGCGGAGCGCUUGGCGGAACGUGAGGCUGUUCUGGCUGCUGCGGCAAGGAAGCAGGAGGAGGAACGUGAGGCUGCUCUGGCUGCUGCGGCGAGGAAGCAAGAGGAGGAACGUGAGGCUGCUCUGGCUGCUGCGGCGAGGAAGCAGGAGGAGGAGCGUGCGGCUGUUCUGCCGGAGCGUGAGGCGUAUCUCCAAGAGGCUAGGGCGAAGCAGGGGGCGCUCCGAUCGCGGCUUGAGGAGCUGGAGCCCCGCCACCAGGACCCGCGAGCAGCCCCCCACCCCCGUCGCCGUGUUAUCGUCCCCCCCCCCACGCAAUACCUCCCCCCCCGGUGUUUGCCAUCGGGGUUGGGUUUUCGUCGCUUGGCAAUGA